CGUUAUACGUAGCAUAUGUACGCCUCAACCACCCCAAAAGCCAAACCAGUUCGGUUACGUCGCUGCUCCCUCUCUCUCCCAUGUGACCAUCACCUCUCUCUCUCUCUCUCGCUCGUCUUCCGGUUUCUACUUCUACAUAAUCAUGUUUUAUUUAUUAAAUUAAUUUUCUUAUUUUCUUUUUCCAUAACGAGAAAGAAAGGGGGAAAAUAUAUAAAGAGGUUCAAGACUCGAUGACCUUCCACAAAAGAAUCGCCUUUCUUUGCUUCUCAGUAAAUAAUCGAAUUCAUUCCUCUAGGGUUUGAUCGAUCGGUCGAUCCAACCCCCCGGAUUCGCGUUUCCUUCGUCGCAUUCUUCAAGUGAUGAUGACUUGAGCUCUUUGCCUUAUUUGGAGGAAUGGAUUCAGAAGAUAAAGUUCUUGCCAAAGUUUUUGGCAUACAAAGCCUUUCUUCCAGUGCACAAAGCACUCCAGAAAAAAAUGGGCACUCAGAUGAUGGUCCAAGAAGUCAAGUUCUCCUCCAAGAGUAUCUCAAAGUGGGGGUAAAGAAGGAAUUGCUUCGCACAUGCUUUGACAGGGAUAAGAAACAUACGGCCUCAUCAAAAUGCAAAACAAGUGAACUUCUCAAGAUAAAUAACAAAGGAUGUAAGAACCAGGAGUCAAGAAAAACUUCUAGUCAGUCAACAUUGACCAACAAUCAUGCUCAGCCCUCUAGGAAGCAAGCAAGGAAGGGAGAAAACCCUGUUCGACUUCCACUGGCUACAGAGCUUUCUCCAGAUGUUGCUUGUUCAAACACCUGGAUCUGUAAGAACUCUGCGUGUAGAGCUGUCCUAACCUCCGACGAUACAUUUUGCAAGAGGUGCUCUUGUUGCAUCUGUCACCUUUUUGAUGACAACAAGGACCCUAGUCUUUGGUUUGUCUGCACUUCUGAAUCUGGGGAGGGGGACUCUUGUGGAUUAUCCUGUCAUAUUGAGUGUGCUCUUCAAUGCCAAAAGGCAGGGGUUGUAGAUCUAGGACAGCUGAUGCAGUUGGAUGGAAGUUACUGUUGUGCUUCUUGUGGCAAAGUAUCAGGGAUACUAGGAUCUUGGAAGAAGCAGCUGGUAAUAGCGAAAGAUGCUCGGCGUGUGGAUGUUCUCUGCUAUAGGAUAUCCUUGAGUUACCGGCUCCUUGAUGGGACUUGCAGGUUUAAGGAACUACAUGAAAUUGUGAAAGAUGCCAAGGCCAAACUUGAAAUAGAGGUUGGCUCAGUGAGUGGAGUUUCAGCCAAGAUGGCACGGGGCAUCGUUAGCAGGCUUUCAGUUGCUGGUGAUGUGCAGAAGUUCUGCUCUCUUGCAAUUGAAAAGGCAGAUGCGCGGCUAAAUACCAUUUCUAAUGCCAGCCCAUAUGAUAGAGAGGCUUCACUUCCUGCUGCUUGCAGGUUCCAGUUUGAAGAAGUAACAUCUUCCUCCCUUGUUGUUGUACUGAAAGAACUGUCAUCUGCAUCUUCGGAUGAUAUAAAGGGCUAUAAGCUCUGGUACUGUAAGAGCAGAGAAGAAUCCCACUCCAAAGACCCUAUAUGUGUCUUUCCAAGAGCUCAGAGAAGAAUUCUGAUCUCAAACCUGCAGCCUUGCACAGAAUACACCUUUCGUAUAAUCUCAUAUACAGAGGCUGGUGACUUGGGUCACUCUGAGGCAAAAUGUUUUACCAAAAGUGUGGAGAUAAUCCAUAAGAAUUCUGAUUCUGCAGCAGCCGCAGAUCGUAAGAAUGAGAAUUUGCGUGUAGAAGGAAGCUCAUCUAAUGCCAAGAGGGAUCCCAAUAUGACAACGGGAGUUGCAUCUUCCAGUUUCAAGGUCCGAGACCUUGGAAAGAUUCUACGUCUUGCUUGGGCACAAGAACAAGGCUGCUUUGAUGGGUUCUGCUGUGAUGAUGUGGAAGAAUGCUGCGGUGGGAACACUGCAAUGAAACCUGAAACAAUUGAAGAAGACCAACCAUCAGUAGUUCCACAUGAGCUUGACUUGAAUGUUGUCUCAGUGCCUGAUCUAAAUGCAGAACUAACUCCACCAUUAGAGUCCUCCAGAGAUGAAGAUAUUGGUUGCACUUCUGAGCGGAUUGUUGAGGCUGAGGACGAUGUCAUUUCUCAUGGGGCAGAGAAGAAUGGACAAGCAGGAUCAAACGGGAGUGAUGACUCCCAGACAUGGGCUGUUAGGCCUGUUAGAGAAGUUCCAGCUGUAGAGUCUCGAACAGAAUUAUCUAGGAAGCGGAAGCCUAGCACAAAUGAAGAGGCAUAUGACUGUGAUAGCACUCUAAUUAAUGGAUCGCCAUUGCGAUUCUGUAGUGGGUCUAAUCGCCUGGAUGGGAGCUAUGAGUAUUGUGUGAAGAUCAUCCGAUGGCUGGAAUGUGGGGGUCACAUUGAACAUGAAUUCAGGUUGAAAUUCUUAACAUGGUUUAGCCUUAGAUCAACCGAGCAGGAGCGUAGGGUGGUGAAUACCUUUAUUCGUACUCUGAUUGAUGAUCCAAGUAGCUUGGCAGGGCAGUUGGUCGACUCCUUUCUAGAUAUAAUUUCCAGCAAGAGGCCACGCAAUGGUUUUUGUAGCAAGCUUUGGCACUGAAGCAAGGGAACAACCAAAGUGAUGGCUUUGCUAUUUUCUUAGUAUACACUUUGCGGCAGUUAUUAAUCUGAUUGCUGUUGAUCUCUCUGUACAGGCAUUUUAUAUUCAUCUUAGGGAGCUAUUCAUUUUUACUGGGGAAAUCCGAAAUCUGUCCAGCUGAAGAUUUUGUGUUUGCUGCCUGCCUGCGGAGAUGAUUUUUAAUUGAUACAAGAGCCCCUGAACAAGAGAUUUUGUUUGUAGGGGGAGCUCUCUAUUGUUUCACAUACUUUAUAUUGACAAUUUGAAUUAAGUGGAAUUGUUUUCUAUCAUGUAGAAUUCAAAUCCCGUUUUCAAUUGUUGAUGUUAUUUAUAGAUAUUCCUUCCUGGAUAAGUUGGUAGUUGAUAUACUUUCACGGGGAUAGAUGCAUGUCACAGGAAGGUGUGGCUAUUCAUCCCAAAUGGUGGCCUUUUUUAUUUAUUUAUUUAUUUGUUUGCAA